ACAUUUCCAAAAGCUAGCUGUGGUUUGUCUCCUGAGUCAUGAGUUCUGGAUAUAAUACAGUGUAUUUGAAUGUCGAAUGAUGAAGUAAAUAAUUGCAAGUAACUCACUUGGGAUCUUCAAGGCAGGCCAACAUGCCGCCCUACUUUCAUCCAACGGCAGUGCCUUACCUCACGCGUGCCAUGAGAAACGCGAACAGAUUGCCAGGACAUGGAAUGUCCCUUCGUGCUGUAAAAGAGGUUGAAAUGACUUUCGACCCAUGGCUUGGACGUGAUAACUUCAACACACUGAUGUUCUUCAACAGAAUCACUGGAGGACGAAAGACUAAUCCGAACGCAAUAUUCAAGACCAACGUUGUUAAUAACGGAAGUCCAAGCACGAUAAAAAUAACAUUCCAUGAUGACCACGUGUGGGUGAUGGACAAGCCUGAUUUGACUCACAAGCUAAUGACUCACGCCUUUUAUGAACACAGCGAUCCGCGUGAACCAGCACCGGAACCAGAUGAGGAUGAGGACGACAAGAAGAAGAAGAAGAAAAAGAAGAACUAGAUGCCGGCAGAUGGUGGAUUCGACACCUGAGAUUCUAGGAUGCAACCUCACCAAGCUUAAGCUUGUUGUUAAUAUUUAUUUCCUUGUAAGCUGAGGUAGCAUUGUGCACCGUAGGUACACACUAUGCAUGACAAGGUUUUCAAUUCUUGAGAUCACUUACUGACUCAACAUAACAGUUACUUCAGUACUUUA